AUGCGUCGGUCGUCGCUCGCUGCGGCUCAGAAUUCGCCCGAGAAUGCGGUCGCUGGCGAUCGCUCGUCACAGCAGUACCACGUGCGCUUCUCGACCGACGAGCCGACCGUCACUCUCCCCCAACCGUCCUCGUCCCCCACCGACCGACGGCCGGACUCGCGAGGUCUGACAGUCGACACUGCGCUGACGCCCCCGACGACGGGCCUUUCACCACGAUCUCCAACUUCACCUUUCACACCUCUGAGCCCGGACUCGGCCGCCACCCCAUCGCGACCGCGGAACCGCGGGUAUUCGCUUCGACGCUCGAUCUUCAACAAGACCUUUCAGGCACAGGAUGAAAUCGCCGAUGUAGAAUUGAGCGAGCCAAAGGCCGGGUCAUGGAGGAAUCAAGAGGCAGGGACGUCAAUCGCAACCAGGGCGGUGGACGAGUUCACUGCCAAGCACCCGGAGAAUGAACUGAGAUCCGCGCCAACGGCCACAAUCGAAUGGGUCAAGGAGGAAUCGUCGAAAUACCCUCCUUCGCGUUCGGAAGGCCCAGUACAAGAAGUGUAUCUGACGGACACGCGAAGCAAAUGGGCCCAGAAGAAGACUGCCGCAAGUGCGCUCGUCAGUCGUGCAGAGACGCUGCUGACAGUGAUUCAAAGAUUCAUUCUCCGAAUCAAGGACAUUCCGCCCACGAAAGAUGGUCGACACAUUGAUCUCAACCCGUCUCUUGUGGACACUCUCGUUGAUGAGCGCACGGGCAAGCCGUAUUGCGCCAAUUGGAUCCGAUCAAGUCGGUACAGCUUCUGGAGUUUCUUUCCCCGGCAACUGUUCGCGCAAUUCACCAAAUUGGCCAAUUUCUACUUCCUCAUCGUGGCCAUUUUGCAGAUGAUCCCCGGGCUGAGUACGACGGGAACGUUCACGACGUUUGUCCCUCUGUUAAUCUUUGUGGGAAUUUCUAUGGGCAAGGAAGGGUUCGAUGAUUGGCGGCGAUAUCGUCUGGACAAGGAGGAGAAUAAUCGGUUUGCACGUGUGCUUCGUCCCGGCCAGACGCCGGUCUUCGAUGGUGCCUCUAUUGCAACUGGUGCUCACGGCUGGGUGGAUGUGAAGUGGCAGGAUAUUCGCGUUGGAGAUGUGAUUAAGCUUGAACGUGACCAGCCUGUUCCCGCCGAUUUCGCCCUUCUCCAUGCCGAUGGCCCCAAUGGGGUUGCCUAUAUCGAAACGAUGGCACUGGACGGUGAGACGAACCUGAAGAACAAGCAACCCUGUCAGGCUGUUUCCAAGGUCUGUGCCACAGUCGACGAUAUGGUUUGCAAUUCCUUGCAUUUCGUCGUGGAGGAUCCCAACAUCGAUCUUUAUAAAUUCGACGGCCACGUCACCGUCAAUGGCCAAGAGAAGCUGCCGUUAACCAACAACGAGAUUGUGUAUCGCGGCAGCAUUCUUCGCAACACCGACAGCGCACUCGGCAUGGUGAUCUACACCGGCGAGGAGUGCAAGAUUCGCAUGAAUGCCAACAAAAACCCACGCAUCAAGAAGCCAGCCCUUCAAGCCAAGGUCAAUCGCGUGGUCGUGAUCAUCGUGCUCUUGGUUGUCACUCUCGCGGUGGCCUGUACUGUUGCCUACAAGUACUGGGCACAGGAUGUGGAACGCUAUUCCUGGUAUAUCAGUGAUGCGGCCGUCUCCUACGGUCCGAUCUUCACCUCCUUCCUGAUCAUGUUCAAUACCAUGAUUCCCAUCUCUCUGUACGUGAGCAUGGAAAUCGUCAAGGUCGUGCAGAUGCUUCUGCUGAAUGAUAUUGACAUGUACGACCCUGAGACCGAUACGCCGAUGGAAGCGCGCACGUCAACUAUCAAUGAGGAACUCGGUCAGAUCAGCUACAUUUUCUCGGACAAGACCGGCACUCUGACCAACAACUCAAUGCGCUUCCGCAAGAUGAGCGUGGCGGGUACUGCGUGGCUGCACGAUCAAGACCUGCAGGAGGAAGCGGCCCACGAGGGGGAAAAACUCAUCCACAAGAAGCGCAAUCUCAAGGGGAAGAAGGCUGCCAGGAGAAAGUCCACUGCCUCAGAUCUCCUUACCAGUCUUGCCCGUCUGUCCAACGUAUCUGCAGCUGCCGAGCAGGAGCGUCGAAAUGGACAAUCGGUCCCGUAUCGAACCGUGGAGAUGCUGGAGUAUAUUCAGCGCAAGCCAUUUACUGUUUUCGCCCGAAAGGCGAAACUCUUGCUACUGGCCAUGGCCUUGUGCCAUACCUGCAUUCCGGAGGAAGAUGUUGAGACUGGUGAGAUUUCUUUCCAGGCCGCCUCGCCCGACGAAUUGGCUCUUGUGAUGGCUGCACAGGAUCUGGGUUACCUGGUCACUGACCGGCAAUCAAACACUCUCACUAUCCGCACUUACCCGAACGGUGUGAAUGAGCCUGCGGUGGACGAAGUGUACGAAGUUAUGGAUGUCAUCGAGUUCUCGAGCAGCCGAAAGCGCAUGUCAGUCGUCGUCCGCAUGCCAGACAAGCGUGUCUGCCUGUUCUGCAAAGGCGCCGAUACUGUCCUGAUGCGUCUGCUAAAGAGAGCUGAACUGGCUCAUGAGAAGGCUACGCAAAUCGAGCGUCGAGCCAGCAAACGCAAGGCUGCUGAAGCGAGCUCGGUGAUUCGUCGGAACAGUGAAUACCAGAGCCGCAAGGACAGCGGCGUUCGAAACAGCCUGAGUCGGCCCAGUAUGAGUCGUUCUAGUUUCGCUCACCGUCAAUCGUCAGUCUCUGGCCAUCACGCUUCAUCUGUGCGCGAAAGUAUCGAUCUUUGGCUCCGCGACCGUGAGAAUGAGGGGAGAACGCCCAAUCGCGAAAGUGAGAGCAUGUACUACAGCCCUCGGCCUUCAGCUCAAAUGGGCCGUCACUCCACGGCUCUGUCGGACUCUGGUAAUUCCAGCCAGGAGGAUGAGGACGACGAUUGUGACCUGGUGGAGGAGGCGCUUGUCGUGGACGAGGCUGCGGUGUUUGAACGCUGUUUCCAGCAUUUGAAUGAUUUUGCGACUGAUGGGCUCCGCACCUUGCUGUAUGGCCAUCGUUUCCUGGACGAGAGCACGUAUCAAAACUGGAAAACUGCGUAUCACAAUGCCUCUACUAGUAUCGUGGAUCGUCAGCAGAAGAUUGAGGAGGUUGGUGAACAAAUUGAGACUCAACUUGAACUGACAGGCGCCACUGCGAUCGAGGACAAGUUGCAAAAGGGUGUGCCCGAGGCUAUCGACAAGCUGCGGCGCGCAAAUAUCAAAUUGUGGAUGCUGACUGGUGAUAAACGCGAGACGGCCAUCAAUGUCGGGCACGCCUGUCGUCUGGUCAAGGACUACUCUACAUUGACUAUCCUCGAUCAGGAGAACGGCGAUGUGCAGGAGAAGAUCGUUGAUCUCACCUCCGAUCUGAUUCACAACAAAGUGGCUCAUUCCGUCGUGGUGGUUGACGGUCAAACACUCUCCGAGAUUGAGACUGACCAAGUCGUUCGAGACCAAUUCUUCCAACUUGCGAUUCGGGUUGACUCGGUCAUCUGUUGUCGUGCCAGUCCCAAGCAAAAGGCAUUUUUGGUCAAGUCGAUCCGUACACAUGUCAAUGACUCGAUCACGCUGGCUAUCGGUGAUGGUGCCAACGACAUCGCCAUGAUCCAGGAGGCUCAUGUUGGUAUUGGCAUUACUGGUAAAGAGGGACUACAAGCGGCGCGCAUUUCGGAUUACUCCAUCGCGCAGUUCCGCUUCCUCGUGAAGUUACUCUUGGUCCAUGGUCGGUGGAACUACGUCCGUGUCUGCAAGUAUACUCUGGGCACUUUCUGGAAGGAAAUGCUCUUCUACCUGACGCAGGCUUUGUACCAGCGCUGGAAUGGAUACACCGGUACCUCGCUCUAUGAGCCGUGGAGUCUGAGCAUGUUCAAUACCCUCUUCACUUCACUGUGUGUAAUUUUCCUGGGUAUUUUCACCAAGGACCUUUCUGCAUCGACCUUGCUCGCUGUACCCGAACUCUACAGCAAGGGCCAGCGGAAUGGUGCCUUUAACAUUCGACUUUACCUUGGUUGGACCUUCAUGGCUGUCUGCGAAGCCAUGAUCAUCUUCUUUACCAUGUACGGUCUCUUCGGCAUGGUUCAAAUCAACCCAUCCGACAUCGAUACCUUCUCUCUUGGACUGCUCACCUUCACCGCCUGUGUCGUGGUCAUCAACCUCAAGCUGCAAGUCCUGGAGGUUCACAACAAGACCUGGCUCUCCUUGCUUGUCGUCAUCAUUUCGGUCGGUGGCUGGUUCCUUUGGAACAUGAUCCUCUCCAAGCAAUACAAGAUGUCUUCCGGCAAAGGUGUCUACGCCGUCCCUGGCAAUUUCCUCAAUCACGUCGGACACAACCUACUCUUCUGGGUUGUGCUACUUUUAUCUGUCGCGGCCGUCCUCCUCUUCGAAAUAACUGUCUCCACUCUUCGUGCUCUAUUUUUCCCCACAGAUGUCGACGUCUUCCAGGAAUACGAGCAGGAUCUUGAGAUCCGCAAGCGGUUCGAGGAAGCUUCCGCCUCGGAGCUCCAACAAGGCUGGGAUCGUGGUACCAAGAAGUCAUCUCUCGAACUCGCACGCGAAGCUGCGGAUGAGCUCGCUGAGAUGAAUGCCCGUGAGCAACAUGUUCAGGAAUUGCUGUCUCGUCCUCGCGUGAUGACCUAUACCAAGCCCGUUGCUUAUGAAGUGGAGGUGGAAGGUUACUCUAGUGGCAAUGCCGGUGCCAUGUCACCACCGUCACCGCCAGCAGCAGCAUCUUCAUCAAUUAGUCACAAGGACAGCAAGACCGCACUUGGUACUGGUCCUGUGUCUGGUCCACAGACUGAGGUAAUCUCCCAGUCUGAGCCCAUGUCUCCGACCGAAUCGUGUGCGCCGCGCCGAUCAGUCGAGAUUCAAGAGUUGUUCAGCCGAGGAUUUGGUUCCAUUCGAAAGGGCAAUCUGAAGUGA